UAGCCUUAUUCCAUACUUCCAUAGGCACUGGCAGCAGUCAUUUACUAUGCACACUUCUUUUUUUAAUAGCUCUACUCUAUAAAAUAAUAAAGUGGGUUUGAUUAAGUUCGUGUCCAAAAUCUUGAUGUGAUAGGAACCAUUAUUAUUGUUGUAACUUGUUUAUGUGACUGUGAUUUGAUUUUGUGUAAGUUUAUAGUUAAUUGUUUUAUGAACGCGAAAUGACAAGACAGUACUUUUCAUGAUAUACUAAAAAAACAAUUUUGAGCCGUUUACUGUUUUUUAUUUUCUCCUAUCAACAAACAUGGCAGUUGACAGUAUGUCAGAUGAUUCUUCUGCAGAAUCUGGUAAAAUAGUCGAUACCAGCCGAUUAGAUAAGAAGAAAAAGAAAAAGAAACACAAGCAUAGAAGUGAACGAAAACAUAAAAAAACAAAGAAAGAAAAUGGCGAAACUAAAUUAAAGGAUAAAAAAAAAUUGAAUGGUGACUAUGUUCAGAACGGGAAGCAAAAAAGACCACCAUCUCCACCAUCACCUGACAUCAGUAAAAAGAAAAAAAUUGAAGGACCCACAAUAACAGAAAUCACUUUGGACGAAGAAGAGAUGAAUUUAGAAGAAUUAAUUAAGCAAAAGGCUUUACUUCAAGCAAGAUUAGGAGCUUAUUUAUCAGAAUCAGAAGAAGGUGAUAAAACGAAUAAAAAAAAAAAACCAAGUGCUAAAAAAUCAGUUGAAACCAUAAACUUAAUUGAUGACGAAUCAGAUGAAGAAUAUAAAAAUAAAAUUUGUGAACGUGUAAGGAGUCCAUUAAAACGUCAUCAUGGUUCUAGUCAAGAUAUUAAAAAAACAAGAGAUAGAAGUGUGAGUAAAGAUUUAAUUCAUUCAAAGUCAGAUCGCUUAAAAAAAGAAAAAGAGCGUGAAAAAGAAAGAGAUCGUGGUGAUAAAGAACAUGAUAGGUGUCGAGAAAAAGAUAAAGACAGACAAAGAAAAAUCAAACAUUUGGAAGAUGAAAAACGACGUGAAAUUAGACGUAAAGAAGAGGAAAUUAAAAAAAGAGAAGACGAUUUAAGAAGACGUGAACAAAGAAGACGAGAUGAAGAAAUAAAAGAGAUAGAAGAAGAAGCAAAAAGACGAGCAGAAGAAGUCAGAAGACGAGAAGAACAGAUAAAGCAACGUGAAGAUCAAUUAAGACGGAGACGAGACCGUAUUAAAAGUCCUAUAUCUAAUAGAGACCGUGUGAGAAGUCCACCUGCUUCUAAUAGGCAUAGAGACCGUGAUCGUGAACGUGAUCGUGAUCGUGAUAGAGAAAGAGAAAGAGAUAGGGAUAGGGAUAGAGAUAGAGAUAGGGACAGAGAACGAGAUAAGAGAUACAAUAGAAAAUAUGAUAAGAGAUCACAUAGUAAAGAACGGUAUUCUAGAUCUCAUAGAGGUAAAGAUAGAGGAGAUAAAUAUAAAGACAGUUUUUCUGAAGGUCUUAAACGAGAUGAUAAGUCAUCUUCAGAUUCUGACAUUGAUGUAAAUAUUAAUAUUGCGGAAGAUGAAAACGAAGAAGAAAUUAUUGAAAAAAGAAGAAAGCAAAGGGAAGAGUUAUUAAAGAGGUUAGGAGCAAAUAAUAGUAAUUUGCAUAGUGAAGAUUCUAUGAAUCCUUCUCCACAUGGAAGUUAUGCAACUGAAGCAUCUAUUCAACAUUCUCCAGAACCUCCAUCUCCUAAAGAAACUGAUAAAAAAAUAAAUGAUUCUGAUUCAGCAACAGAUAAAGAAACCACAAAGCCUGAUCAUGUAUUAAAUCCUGAUUUAAUAAAAGGCAAAUGGGAUAUGUUUGCCGAAGCUGAUUCAUUUCAUGCUACACAACAUACUCCUCAACCAGAUGGUAUAUCUAAUGGAAACAAAAGUGUACCAGAAAAUCCUUCUUUAACUGACAACUGGGAUGAUGCAGAAGGAUAUUAUCGCGUGAGAAUUGGUGAAACAAUGGAUUCACGUUAUACUGUCUAUGGAUAUACCGGGCAAGGAGUAUUUUCAAAUGUUGUUCGUGCUAGAGACGCUGCACGUGAUAAUCAAGAUGUGGCUGUUAAGAUUAUACGAAACAAUGAAAUUAUGCAUAAAACAGGAUUGAAAGAAUUAGAAAUUCUUAAACGGUUAAAUGAUUCGGAUCCUGACGAUAGGUUUCAUUGUCUUCGUUUAUACCGUCACUUUUUCCACAAACAACAUUUAUGCAUGGUUUUUGAACCACUCAGUAUGAAUCUUAGAGAGGUGUUGAAGAAAUAUGGUAAAGACAUAGGAUUGCAUAUUAAAGCUGUUCGUUCAUAUAGUCAGCAGUUGUUUUUGGCAUUGAAAUUGAUGAAAAAAGCAAAUAUAUUACAUGCUGACAUCAAGCCUGAUAAUAUUUUGGUAAAUGAAAGUAAGUUAGUAUUGAAAUUAUGCGAUUUUGGAUCAGCAUCACACAUAACUGAUAAUGAAAUCACACCAUAUCUGGUUAGUCGAUUUUACCGGUCUCCUGAAAUAAUUUUAGGUAUUCAAUGUGAAUUUGGUAUAGAUAUGUGGUCUGCUGGUUGUACUAUUUAUGAACUUUAUACUGGAAAAAUAUUAUUUCCUGGAAAAACCAAUAACCAAAUGUUGAAGUUUUUUAUGGAUUUAAAAGGAAAAAUGGCUAACAAAACUAUUCGAAAGGGAAUGUUCAAAGAUCAACAUUUUGAUAGCAAUUGUAAUUUUCUGUAUCACGAAGUUGACAAAGUUACAGAGCGAGAAAAAGUUAUAACCAUGUCUUCAAUAAAUCCCAGUCGAGAUUUAUAUACUGAAUUAUUGGGAAACCAAAAAUUACCAGAGGAGCAAAUUCGUAAAGUUGGACAGUUGAAGGACUUGCUUGAUAAAAUACUGACUUUGGAUUCUUCAAAACGUAUUGGCAUAUCACAGGCUUUGAAUGAAAGCUAACUCGAAAAAUCAUACAACUCAUAGGAAUUGACAAAAUCAUUUCUCCUCCAAUGUUUUUUUGGGUUACCAAACAGAGAUAGAGAGGGACAAAUCAAAAUGGCUAUGUAUCCAUAAUUGGUAUCCAUACAGAUUAAGCUCAAAUGGUAUUGCAAAUAGGUAUAUUAUACUGUAUUAAUAGAUACUCUAUUGUUAAUAUGUGACAGGCUCAUAUAGGAUAUUGAAGUCAAACUCUUGGUGUUUUUAUUAUGGUAAUAUAUUAAAGUAGUGUUAGUAAAAUAAUUACAUAAAUAGUUGUUUUUUAUAUUAUUAUAAAUUUAUAAAUAAUUUAAAAAAAAAAAUUGAAAAUUUUAGAAGAAUUGAUUGGAAAUUAUCAUGUAGGAUAUCACAAUUUCUAAUGGAGCUUAACCUGUCAUAGCAAAAAAAUAAAUUAAUAAAUAAUUACUGUAAAACCAAAUUUUUUUAGUAGUUGCCUGUUGCUAUAAAGGCUAGUAUAAUAUCUGAAUUAAUGUGACUUAUUUAUAGAAAUUAUAGAGUUAUAGUACUAAAAAUGAACAUUUAAAAAAUACCAAAUUUAGAUUAUGUGAACUUAUAUCUAUAGGUAACAAUAAUAUUAAAAUAUUUUUUUACUUAACAGUCAAAAUAAUAAAUAAUAACUUAAAAGCAAUAUUUCUAUUUUUUAAAGAAUAUUCAGUACCUAUUUAAUAUGUAUGUACCUUUACAGUAUACAAUUAUUUAGUUACGAAUUAUACUACCUAACUACAAUAACAAAAGUAUUGCUCAACAGUCAAGUAUUUAUGAAUGUGCAAAUUAAAAACAUGUAUAAUUAUUAAUUACUAGCAAAAUACAUUUUAUACAUUAACAAAUUUAAAAUAAAAUUUAUGAAACAAUGAAAUAAAAUAAUAAAAUAAUUUGAUCAUUCUUACUGUUUUGGCGCUUUAAAAUAGUAACUAUAAUACUCUCUAUUCUAUAAUUAAUAGUAGUUAUAGUCUAAGCAGUACGUAGUAGUUCAAUACAAUAUUGACAUCUACUGAGUACAGAUUAGUGAUUAGUGCUAUAUUUUAUUGAAUGCCUGGUGAUAACUGGUAAUUGGUAAAUAUAGCCGCACAGGCUAAAGACAAGUAUAGAUUGAUUUAUUAAUUAAUAUUUAUUAUUAAAAUAUACAUGUUUUGUUCAUUGUUGACAUUCAAAACAGUUAAUAUUUCUGGGAAAAGUUAAAAAUAUCGACUCCAAAAGUAGACCGUAAUAGAAACUAAAAUGAAUUAAAUAAUCAAAUAAUAGAAAAGAUUUAAGAACUCAAACACUCGUCAAUGUGGUAAUGUAUAUAUUUUAUUUUAAUUUUUUAUUUUCUGUGAUUAGAAGAGAGUGGAGCUUUGAAUUAUUUAAGGAAGUUAAGCCUCUCCAUAACAUAUCUCCUUAAGCUAUCUUUGUGUGUAUUAGACAUGGUACACUAAAAAAAUAUUAAUAUUUUCACUAUGGUUCAACUCAUUGGCGUAAUUUCAUUAACUUUUAGCAGGUACAAAGCUUUCAUAGGUUCAAUAAUCAAAAAGAUUAAUUAAUUCAUAUUCAAAGCCACUCACUUAAUGUAUUUUUAUUCAAUGCCAAACAAAUUUAGAAACUAAGUUAGUAGGUAUAUUAAUUUUAUACUAAAAUUAAUCGUAAUUUAUAUAAUAUGUAUAUUAAAGUUUAAACGUUUUAGAUGUAUGUAUUUAUAUAAUAUGAGUUAAAUGUAAUAUUUUUUUUAGUGAUGGGUCGAACUGUUCGAAUAUCGAAUCGAGUUAUCAAUCAUCUUUUACUGUUCGAAAAGCGAACUUGGAAUUAAUAUUUGUCAAACCAAAAUUUUUAGUCCGCGUACCUAUAUUAAUUGUUAUUUUUGUUUUUAUCAUAUUUAUUGUAACAGGAAAAAUGUAUUGUGGGUAAACAAGACAGAGACUUAGUUCUGGAUUCGUAGAAAAAUGAAUAUUUCUACAUUAUAAUAAUAUAUAUCUAUUACUUAAGAAUUAUAUUUUCAUAGUAUUUGUAUUUUGGGCUAUCGAACGAUUGAGACGUUAUACCUUUUUGGCCGAACAAUGGAGAAUACUUAAAAUUAAUAAAGAACUUACCGUUGACCCCCCCCCCCCAAAAAAAACUCUAAAAACAAUACGAUUGAGAACGAAUUUAAGUGCAACGUUGCCAUAUCAUUUAUUUGGCUUUUGAAAAACUCAGUAUACCUACACAAAAUAAAUAUUCUUGAAAAAAGUCAUAAAUUAAUAAUUAUAAUCGUAUACAAAUAAGCGCCUAAUAAUAUGUAAUAUAUAAUAUGAAUAAAAAAUUUAAAAUAUGUAGCACUUAUACAAAUAUAUAAUACCUGUAUAGUGUAAUAUAUACACUAAGUGUAAAUUUGUAUAAAAGAAAAAAAUGUAAAAUAAGCAGAACUUUUAAAAUUGUGAAAUUUUUAUGUAUUAAAAUGAAAUAAAUAUAAUAUUAUGUAAUAGCAUAUUAAUUGCGUAUAUGUAUAAAUAAAAUCAUCGUGUUCUUACGUUUCCGAAUAAAACGAAAUUUAUUAUUGUCUAAUAAUAGGUCUUCACCUCGUUCACUUUUUAUAAUUUUAAUUUCGUUAUUUUCCAUUUUCAAAGUAGUAUAUUAUAUUAUUAAGUAACGAAUAGUUUGUACGAGAACAGCAAACUGCAGAACUGCAAAUGUUACCGUCAAUCUCUUGUAUCUGGUAUCUAAGUUACUAUUAACAUCCGGAAAAUCCGAUAAAUAUCAAUAGACUAAUGUGCUCAUAUUAUCGAUCGAUUACAUUUGGCAACGUUGGAGAAAAAUAAAAAAACAUAAGCGUUCUCAAUCGUAUUUUACCGGUUUUUUGAACUCAGUCUGUUUCAACCUUUUAUAUAAUGCUAGGGGGUGUAAGUGCACUUCGAACACCCCCGUAAUUACGCUUUUGGGUCAACUCACAAAUUAAUACACUAAGUUAGUAACCCACUAACGCGUAGUGAAGUUAGCCAUAAAAAUUUAAAUACUGACUGGAAAGGUUCCGGGACAUUUGCGGUCGGCUCCUUUUUCGUGCCGUUUGCGAUCAGUUUAUUUCUAUCUACCUGUUAGAUAAAUAUCAAAUUUAAGGUAUAUUAUGUAUAAUAUACUAAAUUGAUUCUAUAUACUAUUAUAGAUACAAUAUGUUAUAUUUAAACUUCCCUUUACACUUUUCCAGACUUAGGACUGGCGUGUUUUAGUGUUUAAAAUAUUAUUAUUAUUAUUAUUAUUAAUAUUAUAUUAGGUACUUAUUCUAGCUUUUGUAUUUUGGCUAUGAUUUUCAAGCAUUUUUUCAAAUUUUUGUCCAAUUCAUAUGCAGCUAAUGUUUUUUUAAUUCUUUGGUCUAAUUGUAUAAUAGUUUUUUUCUCCUUUUGCCAUUCAUGUUUAAAUAACUGCGUUCAUAUACAUAUAACAAAUCAGAAUUUGGCCGAAAUUUCAAAGUGUAAUGUAAAUGAUUCAGGAUGUAUUAUGUAAUAUAUUGGUAACUGUUGUGUACUACUAAAGCAUUGCCUUUAAUAUUUUCCAAAAUUUCAAAAGAUUCAUUCAUUUUAAAAACACCAUAUACCGAACUCUAUACAAAGGUGUAUACUAUAUUAAAGACUGAGUGGGUAAAUGUUAUCGACGGAUAUCGAUGCUGUUUAACUAUAUAAUAAUCGACAUAAUUCGAUUUUUCAAAACUAUCUACAAUGAAACUUAUAAACAACCAAGUAGCAAAAGUCUGUACCUAUAUUCAAUAGGUAAUAAUACUCUUCAGUUGUGGGGCGAGGUAAAAUUUAUAUGUGGGUGAAGUAGACUUAAAGAGACCCUUUUUAAAAAUUUUUUAGUAAACAUUAUUUAAGUAACAAAGAACGUGAGGUCCUUUGAGGUGCGAGGCCGUGGGCAAUGGCCCAUCACACCGCCCACGCUUAUCGCAGCCACUGAAUACGCUUUUAAUUAUAUUUUUACAAUAAAUAUAUUAUAUACUGUAUUGAAUCAAUUUAUUAUAUAAUUAUUUAGUACAUAAUAAAAUAUAUAUAUCUUAAAUUUGAUAAUCAGGUAUACCUAGAUGGCUAGAUAAAAAUAAUCUGACCGCAAACGGCAUGAAAAAGGUGCCGACCGCAAAUGUCCCAAGUUCCCAACAGCAUCGGUGCCGACUCCGACUGGAAAAUAUAUUAAAACAACCUUUUAUUUGUUGUUUUUUAAAUAAUUAUUUUAAUUUCUGCAAAUCAAAUCAAUAGAUAGGUAUAGUGAAUGUGAAUAUUAAACGCACAUGAAUUGCCACCCAUAGGAUACCAAUAUAAUAUGCAUUAAUGCAUUUUAAACAGUUCAUCAAAGGUACUGAACAGUUUCGAUUGGGAAAUUGUUAUCGUAUAUGAUUGGUAUAUAAUGUUGAACUGACUUAUAAAUUAAAUUAAGUACCUAUGUUUUAAAAUUUUUUCAUUCAAUGAUGAAGUACAAUUACCUUAUUUUCAAUUAUUUUCAAUUACUUAGAUUUUGUAGGUACCUAUACCAUUUGUCCAUUUAAUGAGUUUUCUGUGGCGAUACUAACUUUUCCAAUCAAAGAUAUCCCGUUUUCAUGAAAAUUGUUGUGUAGUGGAUUUUUUGGUGAAAACGUUGACGUUUCCAAAUUGUAAUUUGAAUCAGUUUUUGUGUGCAUCAAAGAUAAUAGGUUCAUGAUAAUUUUUUAUUGUAUUUUGAACCAUUACUGUUAUAUUUAUUUAAUAAACUGUUUUGAUUUUUGUUUAUUAAAAUAAGUUAUGGCAGUACGCAAGCACCCUAACCUAACAGCCAACAGGGGUAGCUAGUGAGUAUUGUCAAUCAUAAAAAAAAAUUAUAAUAAUAAGUUUGGAAUUAUUGUAAUUUGAAGUUAUUGUAUCUAUCUAAUUUAAAUCAAUCAACAUCAACAUUUUAUAGUUUUGUAAAACCAUUUUUAAGAUCUAAUAUUUAUAUUUCAACAACUCAAUAUUUACUUGUUAGAAUUUGGAUUUAGUUCAAUACAUUAACAUUUUCAAAAACAACCAUCUGCUUCAUAAUUUACAGUAAAAAAGCAAUAAUUUGAAAAAUAAGUUUGUAUCGCCACUACCCAAUGAACAUAGAUUGUGUACAUUAUUUAGGUAUUUUAAAACAUGAUAGGUACUUAUAUUAUAUACUUAAAUCAGAAUUUAAAUAAACCUAUUAUUAAAUGGAAAAUGACAGUAUAGAAUCAUUUUGUUUAAAAUAAUAAUUUUAUUGAUUCUAGAAUUAAAUAUAAUUGAAUAAAAAUAAUUUUAAGAACAUAAUUUAGAAUUUGUUAAAUGUGAUCUACAGUAUUGUGUUUUAUAUUUUCCUUGGAUAUUCAAUAAUGGAUCUAAUGCAAUGACAGGGAUCAAAAUUAUUAACUGGUGAGUUAGUGGUGACAUGUCUCAAUUUCCAGUGUACCUGGAAACUUGAAGAGAAAAGAAGCAAGAAAUUCAUAAAAAUUUUAUAUUAGUAUUUAAACAAUUUAGGUAUUUAUAAGGUUUAUUUUUUUUUGUACAUUGUGUAUGUUCAUUUUGAUUUUGUGUUUUUUAUUAAAUAAUAAAAUCUUAAGACAAACUUUAAGACUAACAACAUUUUAUUACUAUUAUUUUUUUAUAUCAAAUGUUUCAAGUGUUUGAAUUAUUAAAUAAUAAAGAAAUAAAAGUAUUCA